GAUACACAUCCUUCUACUCAUGAUAACAAAAUGAGAAGAAGUAUUGUGAGGACUUGUAACUCAAGUGACAAGGACAAGAAGCAAAUGCACUUGACAUGAAAAAGUUUAGCAAGGCUAUAUAUACUAGAAGAUAUGAAUAUUUGGGCCAAUUCACGUUUCUUGUUCUUUCUUUCUUUUUAUUUUUUUUUUAUUUUUUUAUACAGAAGUAUAUAUUUAUAAUAAGAGAGCGGGAAAAUUAAAUAUUGAUAUUAAACUCGUUAUUCACGAAAUUCAAACAUAUUUUACUAAGAAAAACCCCAUGAUUGUAAAGCCCACAAAAACAUUUAGGCCAGUGAUGAAAUUUUAUGAGCCCGUGGCUUUCAACCCCAAUGCCAAGAUUGCAAUUUGCAGUCCGUAACUGCCCCCAUUUUACCCACCAAAACCCCAUCUUAUUCCUCUCUCUGUCUAAACGACCAACAACCAUGGCGAUCAAGCUUCUUGUUGCUUUGCUCUACAUUCUCUUAUCCACCACCGCUGCACAACCAUGUUAUCCUCUGUAUUCCCAAGAGCUCAUAAAUUCAAUGGGUCCCACUUUCUCACCUUUUUCUUCUUCUUCUUCUUCUUCCUUCCCUCCGACCCCAACAGCCUCAAUCGAGUCAAACCCAACUCCCUUCGUCCCGGCGCUCUUUGUCAUCGGAGACUCCUCCGUCGACUGUGGCACCAACAACUUCCUCGGAACCUUCGCCCAUGCCGACCACCUCCCCUACGGGCGAGACUUCGAUACCCACCAACCCAUUGGGAGGUUCUGCAAUGGCAUAAUCCCUGUUGAUUAUCUUGGGUUAACAUGUUUCCUUCAGUUAGCAAGUUCAGCAGUUCACAGACAUCUAUCAUUAGUUUAUAAUAAGUUUGGGGGAGCAAGCUACAAUCGAUCUCGUCUCAAAUUCGAUGCUUUACAUUUCGAUUGGAAUCAACGACUACAUACAUUACUAUUUGCACAAUGUGUCCAACGUACAAAAUCUGUACUUUCCCUGGGGUUUCAAUCAGUUUCUAACAUCCACAUUGAGAACUUGUACAACAUAAAUGUGAUGAAGGUGGUAGUAAUGAGGCUCGCACUGAUAGGCUGUGCACCUCACUAUUUAUCUCAGUACAGAGUGAAGGAUGGACAAUGUAUUGAGGAGAUAAACAACAUGGUAAUGGAGUUCAACUUUGUGAUGAGGUAUAUGAUCGAGGAGCUCCGCGAAGAGCUUCCCGUUACCAACAUCAUCUUCUACAAUAUGUUUGAAGGUUCCAUGGAUAUCAUAAAGAACUUUGCACAUUACGGUGAAAGGUUUUCUAAACUUGUUAAUUCCUAUCAGUUACCGAAAAAUUUCUUAGCAGAAAGUCUGUAUACUAAUGAUGUGUGAAUUUCAUGAUCUUGUUCAAGUUUCAAUGAAACUACUGUUACUUUC